GCUCUAAAAGCGACCCCCAUCUCCGCCAUUUCUCUGAGCUUCAUCCUCACUCUCCCUUCUUUCAAUAUCAACAAUUACCUUUUUGCUGGCGGAAUCUGCUGCUGUUCUUCACUGAACCAGCUCUCGCAGUCGUCGCGCAUUUCUUUACCUUUUUCUCCUCAAAAUUUCUUAGUCUGCCGUUGGGGUGGCUAGACACAUACUGCCCAUCAUGGCAGGACGAACAGGCCUCAGAGGAUCUUCGCCCAUGGCGUGGUCCACCAUCUUCUAUCUUCUCUUUGUGUUCAUUGCUCCUUUGGCUUUCCUGAACACGGCGAGCGCAUCAAAUGAUUCUGAUGUGCAAGAAAACUAUGGAACUGUGAUUGGUAUUGAUCUCGGAACCACCUACUCCUGUGUCGGUGUGAUGCAGAAUGGAAAGGUUGAAAUCCUCGUCAACGACCAGGGUAAUCGUAUCACGCCUUCCUAUGUUGCCUUUACGGACGAGGAGCGUCUUGUUGGAGACGCCGCAAAGAACCAAUAUGCGGCGAACCCCACGAGGACUGUCUUCGACAUCAAGCGUUUGAUCGGCCGCAAGUUCGCGGACAAGGACAUUCAAAGUGACAUCAAGCACUUCCCUUUCCGCGUUGUAAACAAGAAUGACAGGCCUCACGUCAAAGUCGAGGUCGGAGGUGGUGACAAGGUCUUCACCCCUGAGGAGAUCUCGGCCAUGGUUUUGGGCAAGAUGAAGGAGAUUGCUGAGUCCUACCUUGGCAAGUCUGUUACUCACGCCGUCGUUACUGUGCCGGCGUACUUCAACGACAACCAGCGUCAAGCCACCAAGGAUGCCGGUACCAUUGCCGGUCUCAACGUUCUCCGAAUCGUCAACGAGCCCACUGCCGCCGCUAUCGCCUACGGUCUUGACAAGACCGGUGACGAGCGCCAGAUCAUUGUGUACGAUCUUGGUGGUGGUACUUUCGAUGUCUCGCUGCUUUCGAUUGAGGAUGGUGUCUUUGAAGUCCUCGCGACUGCUGGUGACACUCACUUGGGUGGUGAAGACUUUGACCAGCGUGUCAUCAACCACUUCGUCAAGCAAUACAACAAGAAGAACGACGUCGACAUCACCAAGGACUUGAAGACCAUGGGUAAGCUCAAGCGCGAGGUUGAGAAGGCCAAGCGGACUUUGUCCUCGCAGAUGUCCACUCGCAUUGAGAUUGAGGCCUUCCACAAUGGAAAUGACUUCUCUGAGACGCUCACUCGCGCCAAGUUCGAGGAGCUGAACAUGGACCUCUUCAAGCGCACUCUCAAGCCUGUCGAACAGGUCCUCAAGGAUGCCAAGCUCAAGAAGGCUGACAUCCAUGACAUUGUCUUGGUUGGUGGUUCCACUCGUAUUCCCAAGGUCCAGUCGCUCCUUGAGGAGUACUUUAGUGGCAAGAAGGCCAGCAAGGGUAUCAACCCCGAUGAGGCUGUUGCAUUCGGUGCCGCUGUUCAGGCUGGCGUUCUCUCUGGCGAGGAAAACACUGGAGGUCUUCUCCUCAUGGACGUCAACCCGUUGACUCUCGGUAUCGAGACUACCGGUGGCGUCAUGACCAAGCUUAUCCCCCGCAACACUCUUAUCCCCACCCGCAAGAGCCAGAUCUUCUCCACUGCUGCCGAUAACCAGCCUGUGGUCCUCAUUCAAGUUUAUGAGGGUGAGCGGUCCAUGACCAAGGACAACAACCUGCUCGGCAAGUUCGAGCUUACCGGCAUUCCUCCCGCUCCUCGCGGUGUUCCUCAGAUCGAAGUGUCUUUCGAGCUUGACGCCAACGGUAUCCUCAAGGUUACCGCCGGCGACAAGGGAACCGGCAAGUCUGAGAGCAUCACCAUCACCAACGACAAGGGUCGCUUGACCCAGGAGGAAAUUGACCGCAUGGUCUCCGAGGCUGAGAAGUUUGCCGAGGAAGACAAGGCUGUCCGUGAGAAGAUUGAGGCCAGAAACGGUCUUGAGAAUUAUGCCUUUAGCCUGAAGAACCAGGUCAAUGACGAGGAGGGUCUUGGCGGCAAGAUUGACGAGGAAGACAAGGAGACCAUCCUGGAAGCCGUCAAGGAAGCCGCCGAAUGGCUCGAGGAGAACGCUAAGACCGCCACCACUGAGGACUUUGAGGAGCAAAAGGAGAAGCUCAGCAGUGUUGCGUACCCCAUCACCAGCAAGCUUUAUGGCGGCCCUGGCGGUCCCGGUGCGGCUGAGGAUGAUGAUGAGCCCAGCGGUCACGACGAGUUGUAAAAUCCUGAUAUGAAUUUCAAUUGACACAUAACCCCAUUGUCUAUUUUGUUUUGUGUUUGUUGCAUCUUAUCUUCUUCAUAUCUAGCCAGAAAUUACCUCUUUUUUUAUGAUCCCUUUUUCUCAUCUUCUCUUCUCUCUCACUCUCUAUCCAUUGUGUAUUUUAUCCCGACCUGCUUUCCACUUCGCGCACAUGUGCAAUUCAAGCGUUUGUGUCGUGUCGAUGGGAAUGCUGUAUAGACUAGCAGCUGGUAUGGCAAGAAAAGAUAAAAUUUGUUUCUUUAUUUUUUUUUUUUUUCCAAUCCCAUUUUAUCUUACUUCCCCCCGACCUUCUAGAGCACUUUGUCAUCUUUCUUUUCCGGUCGUCAAAUGGGAAAAAAGAUAGUGUCG